GGGAGAAAUAAAAUGGCGACGUCCAUAAGCAAAUGACUAUGACCUCAUGAAUGAAAGACUCAAAGAAAUGAUAUACGUUUCCAAUUUUUAAUGAAUAACGAUUAAUUCCAAGUUAUUGGUAUUAUUAAGAUUUAAAAUGAGACUUACCAUUUGCGUAUGCAGUGGAAUUCGUGACAUCACUGUUCGAAGAUGGAAUAGAGUUUGGCGAUGUCGUGGGAAAUUCUAUGAUUAUCCUCCAACUAUUCCACCAAGUCUUAUAGCCAAAGGUAAGAUUGAGAAAUACUAUUAGCAGUUAUUUAACAUAUAAAAUUAGACGCAGUUUAUAUAGGUCGAUGAAAGCCUAUUAUUAGUUGUAAGUAGAUGUAAGAUAACUGUUUUAGUUUAAAACAGUUUAAUAUUACGAAGUGUAUGUGUUAGAAUUAUUUAUAUAAAUUAUAAAUUUAUAAAUAUAUGACAUACCCAACGACCAGACCAAUAGGUUCUUGAGAUAUUUGUCCGGCGACCAAGUCACAUGAUCAUUGUUCCUUUCUUUCUUUCUAAAAUUAUGUAUGUUUAAUAGUAUUAAUAUUAGGGUUGAAAUAAAAAAAGUAUCCUAUAUAACUAUUGUUUGAAUUUUUUUUCUUUCAAAAUAGGCUAUAUGAUAUGUUACACUAAGUUACAGUUACAAGUUACAGUAUAUUAUAAUUAGAUAAGACUAUUUAAAAAAAAUUUUUUAUUUGUUUUGUUUACAUGAUAGUUAUUUAUUGAAUGUAAACAUACAUUUAUAGCAUUAUUUUUAUCUUCACUAACUUACUAUUAACUUCAUUUUAAUUUCAUUUUUUCACAUAUGAAAAUGAACAAAUGGUUAAUAGUUAAUAAAUGACAAUAUUAAAUAAAGAGUGAUGCCGGAUGAAUAUCUCCCACACUAUUUGUCCGGUCGCCGGACGUGCAGACACUGCCAUAGUAUUAUAUGAGUAGAGCCAAGGCUAAGUAAUAAUAAAUUAACCCUAAAAAACCUAAGACUGACAUUGGAAGGGAUAAUAUUAUUAAUAUAUUAAUAAUCACUAAUCAGGUAAGUGAGAGUAAGUUUAUGCCAUCAAAUCAAUUAUUAAAAUGUGUCAUAUUUAUAAUGUAAAAUAAGUAAAACAAAGUAGGGUUAAACCUGAAAAAAAGAAACGCAACAAUACAACGAAAAUGUUGUCAGGAAGCCUUCAUCAGCAAACAAAACAACAGUAAAAACAGUACAAAAAUAAAAAUAAAAAACAGCUUAGAAGUAGUAUCCGUGGGCAGCAAACAAAAGAAUAACUACAGCUGUUACAUUUCUUGGAUUUCAAUAAAUUGCCUUGUUAUUUUAAGGAGGGACAAAUGAGCAUAUUAUAAAUUUACUGGUAAUUACAUAAUGACUUCUAAGAAAAGACAACAAUCACAUUAUUUUCUUUAAAAUAUUUGUUUAUUUAUAGAGGGAAGGCAAUCAUGUUUGAGCAUGAAGCCAUUAAGGUGCACUUUUUUAAUUAUAUGUAGCAUAUUAAUGAAUUAUCUUUAUGGACAAAUGAAAUUUUGAUAGUUAAUAGAUAUUUGUCAUAUCUGUUUCUUUGAAAUAAUAUCAGGUAUCAAUGUAAUAGAGGUUAACAAAAUAGAAACACCAAGAGAAACAUGGUCUCCACCAGUUCCUGAUGAUCCAAGAUGUGCUCAGCCUAUUCCCCUUGAACAGCAGCCUGACUGGAAGCAGGAGCCUGCCUUCAUUCAUCAUGAUAAUGUCCGCUUGUUUGAGGGUGACUAGUUUUUUUUUACAUUUUUAUAUCAAGAGUCAACUAUUGAAAAAAUAUUAUUUAAAAUAUUUUCUAGAAAUGUUAAAAUAAAUUCAGAAAAAUGUGUUCCCAUUGAAAAAAAAAAUGUACAUUUUGUUUUUGUAAAUUUUUUUUUUCCAAAGGUGUGAAGCAAGCCUGUCUUAUAGCAAAAGCUCAACACUUUCAAGGUUUCCCAUCAGCUGUAGAAAGUUUAGUUGGAGCAAUAGAUAUACCUGAUAAAGUAGGUAAAAUAAAUUGAGUUAGUGUUUAAUUAGUCUAAUUUAUGGAUUAUGAUAGAAAUUUCCCCAAGUCUUGACCAACACAUUUAUGUGAUUAAUAAUUUGUUUAUAAAACAACUUUACUUAUAUAUAUAUAUUGCUAUAAUAAUGGCAGAAAUAAGAAAUUAGUUCAUCACAUUUACAUCUAGAAGUCAUACUAUAAAUUUUAGAGUCAUGCAAAAUAUUGUAUUAUAGAGAUCCAAGGGAGUAACCUCAUUUGAAUGAGUCAUCUAAUUUUUUAAGUCUUUCAUCCAAAAAUUUAGCAGUUUGAUAAUCAGUUUAAAAGUACCUACUAUAGUUUAAAACAGUGGUUCUCAAAGGCGACAAGGCUUGGGACAUUUUUAGGAGGCGUUGGGACCAUCAAAGGGGCUAAACUAAAAGAAAUAGAAGACUUAUCAACAGAGGGAAAUAUUAGAGGAAUGUGCAUGAAGAUAAAAGAUGACAAGAAAUGAUAUCAAUCCAGACCUCGAAUGUGAGAGCCAUGAAGGAAAAUUAAUUACGGAAAAUGGUAAAGUAUUGGAGAUGGGCUGCAUUUUUUAUGGGCAUACUAAAUGCAGACAAGGGACAAGAUGGAGUUUAUCAACCACGACAUGGAGACCAGACCCUUUAAUAAAUGCCCCGACUUUGGAAGAAACUACAAAAGUAAUUAAUUCAAUGAAAAACCACAAAGCUCCUGGAGAAGACCUCAUCACAACAGAACUUAUUAAGUAUGGAGGAAGAGAACUGCACUCUCAGACACAUAAACUUAUAACUAAAAUUUGGCACAAAGAGAAAAUUCAAACAGAAACAGCACAUCAAAGGUGAUGGUGGGCAUUAUGUUGGAAAGUUCGUUUUAAUUAGCAUGAUAUGUUUCAAAGAAAAAUGGUUUUGAUUUUCGGUAAUAAAGAAGAGUCGAUGAAAGAUAUAUAUAUUUUGACACACAGUGAAGUGAAAAAGAUUGUUUGAUCUAUUUUUCAAACAGUUAAACACUGAUACAACUGUUUGAAAUUAUAUAACAAUUUAGGCAUAUUUUAAUCUAUUCUUACAAUUUUCAGGACCUGAUUCUUCAGCGGUUCAUCAUGCAGUCCCAGAAGUGGAACACGGAUGAAGUGAAAUUGCCCAAACCUUUUGAUCCCAGGAAGCCACGCUGGUCAUGGGUACGACCUAUUGGAAUAACUCCUCUUAAAUCAUCGUAAGAUCUGUCAUUUGGUUUUGUUCUUGUUAAACAUGGAUUAACAUAGAUAAUCACAUAGAUUUUUUGUUUAAAAAAAAAAUAGAUUCACACUUUUAUCUGAUAGUGCCACUACUAAUAAGAAUAAAGAAAUUUUUGUAAACAAACUUAUCAGUCAUGAACCAGUGGAUAUUUUUGUGCCAGCCAACUUUUCCAAACCCAAGCAAAUUUUACUGGUAUACUAGGGAUAACUUUGGUUCAGGGCUUCUCUCAAAAUUAUACCAACUUAUAAUUGCCCCUACCCUCUUCAGAAACUAAUGCUAUGUUAGAGCUAGAAGAGAAUUAAGUACUCUCUUGACAGGUCCACUCUCACACACGCACAUCCACACCACAUUUAGCACACACUUGUGUUUUCAUUGAUUAUGUUGAUGAGCUGACUUGUUAAUUUUUAUUUUUUUUAAAUUAAUUAAAGAGAAAUUUUAUUUUUUUAUUGCAGACAAAUUCUUUUGAGAAAUAUUAUCAGGCUGUGUCAGACGCAGAUAGCAGAGUUUCCUUCUUUUAACACUAGGAAGAGUAUCUACGAUCAGCCACUCUAUUCUCAUGUCAUUUAUAAAGGUAAGUAUUUUGCUGUUAAUUCCUAUAUGGGUAUAUAUGUCAAUGUGUAUUAAAAAUUUAUGGUAAUAAACGCUACUGAAAUUUAGGGGUCGCAUUAUAAGCGUAAGUGUAAUUUAGCAAAUUAUUUUUUAUUAACACAUAGCGGGAAGGAAAAUUCACAAAUACUCCUACCAUCCCUGGGUAGCAUUUUAAUGUUAAGUUCCCUCCUAAUGGGAGGGAUAAACCACAAAUUUUGAAUAGUUGAAGUAGCUUCCUUAAAAGUCAGCUUUCUGUUGGUUAAUUUUGCCAGCUCUGGUGUUACAGCUUCCAUCCCGUAAGUCUAUUAAAUUUAAAUCAAGUGAAAUAAAUAUUGCCUGUCUAAAAAAUGUAUUGAGUUUAAUGUCUUAUAUUAUAACCAAUUUUUUUUAAAUUUAUAGCUGUUAGUUUUAUUAUCUUUAUCUUGUACCGUACAUGAUAAUCGUUAUGUUUUAUUAUCUUCAUCUUGUGCAGCACAUGAUAAUGGUAAAGGGAUUGAGAGCGUGAGAGUAAGUGAAGACUUCAUGGGAGCACCAUAGAUAAAGUCAAGUCGUUUGUGAGAAGACUGAAACAAUGCGACAGGGAACAAGUUUUUUUUCCCCAGAUCUGCUGGCGUAUCAAACAAAAGAAGCCAGUGUGAAGGGCUGACAUUAAAAUGUUCCUCACUUAUAUCUAACUUCUACUGCAAUAGUUUAGUAGGAGCAGAAUUUCUUUUUUAUUUUUAAAUAACUUGAAAUCAUUGUUACAAAAUUUCCAUUUUCAGGUAAGCCUAUAGUGAUGAAAGAGUCCCUGGAUGCACUGCUAACUUCAAGUGACCCACUUCCUCCCUUUGGCAAUGAGGCCACCGUGGAUGCCAGCGCGUCCCAUAAAAUACCUGACAUGUGGCCAGUUUUCCCCACAGUGGAUUUCCUCGAAACAAACAACUACGAGCUGUCAAGUGAAAUAGGUAGUUACUUUUUACCUUUCCUUGUUCAACACCAAGCAUGGUGGUGCUGUAAUUCUUAUUCAAAGGUUCUCAAUUCAGUCUUAAUUUUUUCAAUUAUAAAAAAUGUUUGUUUUAAAAGCCUUAAAUGAAUUAAAGAUGUCAUUUUGAUUUACAAUCAAAGCUGGGCUCAAUUUUUAAACUCACAAAAAAAUUAUGUAAAUCUUCCCAUAGAAAGUGAAAAAAAAAAAAAAUCAAUCAUAGGAAUUUUAUAGUUUUCUGAAAACUACAUGCUUUUUCUUUAGAAAAUGAAGGGCCAGUUAGAUCUGAGAAUGACAUAAAUAUAGUUUUUUUAUCUUUGUAAAAUAGAACAUUUUUUCUGGUACUUUUUUAAAAAAUAAACAAAAGAUACAAAUAUUUAUGAAGAUUAUUGGGGGUUUUGUCCCCUUUUUUUAGAGGAUAACGCAACCAUAUUUAUUUAGUUCACUUAUUUAUGGCCAUAUUUGGAUCUAUUAUCCUUGUUGUUAUUAAAUUUUUUAAAAAUAAGUUUUCAACAGCAACCUGAAGUUGACCAAUCCACACACCAUCAUACAGAUCCCACGAAAGUACCACUGGGAACAGAAACAUUACCAGGCUGCACAAAUCAUGACAUGUUUAAUGUACACCGCAGCAUUGGCCCGCCAGAAAUAUGGAGUAAGUCAAAACAUUAACAACUUUGCCAAGUCACAGCUGGUUAUGUUAAUAUUGUUUUUUUUUGGAAAACAGGUUUAUCUGAAAUCUUGUUAUAAACCUGUUAUUGUUCUUUACAAUACAUUCCUGACUUUUCAACAUAACAAGGUUAAAUAUACAUGAUAUUUUAAGACGUAUCACUAAAUUUGUUUGAAAGAAACGGAAGUUUGGUAAAAUCUUUUUUUUCAGUUCGCACGGUCAAAUUUCUUUUUGAGCGCAUUAUUUUGUUUUACUAUAUACUGUUUUCAAAAAGUAAUUUGACAAAAAUUUGAUCGUGUGAACUGGAAAAAAGAUUCGACCAAACUUCUGUUCAAACAAAUUUCAUUCAAUCAAUUUUCUGUCGACAAAAUUGCUUUCAAACAAAUUUCCUGUAACCGUUUUAAGAUGGUAAGCUGCAGUUUAGGACCCCAAAAAAAUAACUGUUGUUUUGUAAACUCAACAACCGUUUAUUGGUUUCUAAACUGAUAACUGGAAAUCUUGUAAUCUUUUAACAUCCUUAUUCCCAAUAUUAAACCACCUCGUCCAGUGGAUCUAGUUUGAAUUUUUUUAUUAUUUUUUUUUGCGUGCUGCUUUCGGGAUAGUUUUUCACAAUAAGUUUAGAAGACUCAAUUGUGAAUUCUCAAUUUAUGAAAUAAUGUAUUUAAUGUAUGAUAAUAAAAAUCAUUUAAUAUGCAAUCAUUUAAAAUUAUAGAGAUCUUACCUGUUUCAUCUAAAAAAAUCUAAAAUAAUUUUUUUUUUUUUAAAUUGCUUGAACCUUUCACUUAGAAUGAUGUGAGAGCACUGCCAGAACCCAUCAGUGUGCAGCAUGUCUCACUGGAACAAAAUAAAUUUCUGUUUGCUUUUUUCCAGGUAAGUUUUCACUGUUAUGUUUCACUGGUGAACUUUGGUAAUUGAACAGAUAUUUUUAACAAGUUAAUUAGUUGCAUUAGGUGAAAUGACCAUGUAACUACUUCGUAUGAAUCUAAGGUGUGACUAGACUUGGUUCUAUCAAUGAUUUUUGCCUUGGAUGUUAACAUAGCUUUAAAUAUAGGUUAUUUCAACAGUCUUUCUGUCAGCAUCCAUCUGUAUAUGGGAUUCGAUGCUGUAGUCUCUUGUCUCUGUCUGUCUUUGAGAGUCUGUGGUGUAGGAUCUUCUCUCUGUCUGUCUAUGAGAGUCGAUGCUGUAGUCUCUUGUCUCUGUCUGUCUUUGAGAGACUGGUGUAGCAUCUUCUCUCUGUAUUUCUAUGAGUGUCAAUGAUGUAGUCUAUUGUUUCUGUCUGUCUUUGAGAGAAUGUGGUGUAGCAUCUUGUCAGGGCCUCCAGGAAUAACUUAGAUCUGAUUCCUGGUUGUAAGUCUUAGCUGCAUCUACCGCAGCAGAAAUCAUAGGCUGUUGUGUUUGAGCCUUCCUACUAGCUCUUUUUUUAACAAGAUUUCCAUUUUUUGAUUUUUUCCCGUUCAACUCUCUGUUUGAUAGCAGUUCAUCAACUGGAAGUGUCCUAAGCUCAGCCCUCUCCGUUCCUUGUGCUUUGGCGUGGCACUUUUAUAACUUUAUUGCACCUGUCCAUGUGGCAAAGACAUGGCUGGCCAGUGUCCCAAUAUUCUUCCUAAGCUCAGCCCUCUCCGUUCCUUGUGCUUUGGCGUGGCACUUUUAUAACUUUAUUGCACAAGUCCAUGUGGCAAAGACAUGGCUGGCCAGUGUCCCAAUAUUCUUCCUGAGCUCAGCCCUCUCAGUUGCUUGUGCUUUGGCGUGGCACUUUUAUAACUUUAUUGCACACGUCCAUGUGGCAAAGACAUGGCUGGCCAGGAUCCCAAUAUCCUUCUGCCAGUUGUACAUGCAUUAGGUCAUUGGGCUAUCAGCCUGGGUCCAAUCUCUUGAUAUGGCAGAGGCAAGGAAUAUGCCAGACCCUUAGAGUGGAGAACAUGGUGCAAAUGAUGUUCCGUUUCAGGAAACCCAGUGUUGUGCUUGUUUUUUUGUCCUGUCAUGGAUUACAUUGCUGGCAUCGCAGUUGGCCUCAGUAAGUUUGACAAUUUUUAAGACAAUAGUUCUCAGUGUGCUUCUUGUUGGUGCUGCUCAGGCCUACCUACCUCUUCAUCAAUGGAGUGUGAGCUAGAAGUGAUUCGCCUAGGAUAUGUGAGGUUCCCAACUACUGUCAAGUUGUACUGAGUGUUGGUUGGGAGGGCUUGAUCUUGCACAAUGACACUAGUCUCUUCAGUAGAACCUUCAUGUCGGCUUGAGUAGAGGUCACUUAAACUCUGCUGUAGAGGAUCUUCUGUGUGGGAGGUGUAGGCAUAGAGCCGUUCAUGAAUGAGAAACUUUGCUUCUUAACUUUUGGCAAGUAGGCAGCAUUGAAAUAUUCGCAGUCAGACCUGGGAGUUGAUGUCAACAUCCUCUGCGCACUCUUUUAAAGGCGCAAUGAAAGAAGAGCAAGGAGGAGAUGAUUGUGAAAAGCCUGGGGGGGGGGGGGGCGCGACAGGGAUCCGGCCCUACUUCACUCAGCUCCUGACUUUCUUCAUUUUCUUCUCUUGAAGCGCAGUGUGCUGUUUUCUGAUCUCUUGGCAUUACAAAAUCAAUUUUUCUGUAGGGGCCUGAAUAUUCUACUGACUUUUUCAGGUGCAGAUCAAGUUGUCUGUGAUAUCAUAUGUACCAAGGUUCAUAAGCUUACUAUUAAUGUGUGGUGUGAACAACUUCUUGUGGAAAAGGGGGGACGCGGUGUAUCUUACAAUUAGUUGAUAUUAUAUUGAUUGGUAUAUUCAAAUGUGUAUGCUCAAUUCAGCUGUCCUUUAAAUAUUAUUCUAUGAUACAUGCCUACUCGUUUUUUUUUUUUUCUUUAACAUUUCCAAGUGUUCCUAUUGAUGAUUGACAGUAACAUUUCUUACCAUGCUCCUAGUGAUGAUUGACAGUAACAUUUCUUACCAUGCUCCUAGUGAUGAUUGACAGUAACGUUUCCUACCAUGUUCCUACUGAUAAUUGACAGUAACAUUUCCUACCAUGUUCCUAGUGAUAAUUGACAGUAACAUUUCCUACCAUGUUCCUAGUGAUGAUUGACAGUAACAUUUCCUACCAUGCUCCUAGUGAUGAUUGACAGUAACAUUUCCUACCAUGCUCCUAGUGAUGAUUGACAGUAACAUUUCCUACCAUGCUCCUAGUGAUGAUUGACAGUAACAUUUCCUACCAUGUUCCUAGUGAUGUUCAAAUGUGACCACAAAAAAUCAUUUCACUUCACAGCUUAAUACUCUUGACCUGGAUUCUGACAACGGCAUAAAGAACUUGGUUUGGACGGCAGACAGGGCUGACCUAUUCACGAUCAUUCCUGGUCAGCCGUGGAUGCCCAAAAAACUUAAGACAACGAGAUACGAAAACUUUGAACCCCUGGCAUUCGAUAAAUUUCUGGCCGUCUAUUUGAGUAAUCUGCCAGAGGUGGCCAAACAGUAGCUGCCCCGUGAUUAUAUUGUAUGGGAGUCAUCUUGUAUGUUUUUGCUGGUGGGUUGCCCUGUAUGAGAUUCUUUAUGCAUCAUUAUGCUGUGAGUUGUCUUGUACCUGAUAAGUUGUUGUUUUUUUUUUUUUGUUGUUUUUUUUUUGUGAAAUGAUCAUGUUUUCUAGAAUAACUUGUUUGUAUUUUAUUUUAUUACAAUUUGUUGUUUUUUUUGUGAAUGAAGGAAAGGACUAUUUGUUUUAAAGAAAGUUAGUUUCUAGUUAUUUUGUUUAAAAGUUUCAGUAAAGCUAUCCUGUAUUGUUACUAGGAUUAAUAAUUAUAUAAAAUUUCAUAGAAUUUUGUCUAUUAAUUUUUUAUUUUUUUUUUAUUUAGAGAAAGAAAAAAAAUGUAAUGAAAAUGUACACCAUUGAUCUAGGUCAGAUUUAAUGUGAACUUUGAACCUCAUAAAAUCUUAUUAGCCUAUUGUUUAUCUAUGAUGUCUCACACUAAAAUUACAUAUUUAUCUAUUAAAGGUUUUUUUCAA